UAUUUGUGUUUGGUACACUUAGUUUCAAUCACUACAAAUAUUUUUAUAAUGUAAAAGAUAAACUUACCAAAAUAGAUAUUUGGUAUAAAAUUAGCAGAUAUUUGGUAUUUACUGGCUUAGACUUUGCUUUCUUCUUGCAAAUCUUUUCGGGCAGAGAGAUGUUGGAGUAGGGGAUGCGAUCGUUUGUCAUUGUGAUUGACAUUUGGUGGUUUGAACGUCCUCGGUUUCAACUCCUGUGGGAUUUAACCGUCUAUUAUUAGCUUUUUAUACAAAUAAAAUGACCACGUAAUCUUUAGAAGGGGUUAUUCCAUAUUUUUGCUGAAGCCUAUGACUCAAAAAUAACUGUCACACGUAUACUUAACAUUUCUAUAUUCAAUAGGAUAUCUUUGACUUUUUGCAACUGCAGGACAAAUAGUUAGUUUGUUAAAAAAAAAAUUUGUUGUCCUAAAUACUCAUAUAAAUAUCAUAAAACCGUGGUGUUUUACUGGCUGUUGCAAGUAAAAAUGUAGGUCAAAAUGGAGAAAAUGGUGUUAUCAUUCCCACUUUGCAGAUCGAUACUUACGAUAUUCAUUAGUGAUUUAGUUGUUGCUUUGAGUAUAACUCGGCAUCGAUAACACGACAGUCGCAAGGAUCCUUUAAAAACGUAAUUGUGGUAUCAGUAGUUAAUAAGUAGUCGUGUGGUGUGAUGUCAUUCAAUGGGGUGUUGCCUAAAGCAGCCGUAUGAGUUCCCUGAAAUUUGUUUUAAGAACCACAUCUAAAAUUGGGACAGCCCAAUUUCAAGGAGCCGUUUGAAGUUGAAAGGUUUGGAAAGUAGUUCUACGUUUUUGUUCAAUUGCACCUAUUUCAUGUCGUGGACCAGCACUGCUUGCAGCAUGCUUCAGAGUGGAGACGGUCAUCUUAGGUAUGAAAACAUAGUCUCGACUCCUUCUAGCACACUUUUUAUCAUAAUUUUUUUUUACCUCUAGCUCAAUCUAUCUCUUUCUUGUUCUUAAAACUCCCCGACCCCGAAGGCAAUUAGCUCUUCCGUGCUAAUUGCACACAUUUCAGUCGAGCCUGAAGGUGUCGAUUUUGGAGCAGGCGUGUUAAUGUUGAGUUUGUUUCAAUGUGGAAAGUUACGCUGGUUUACCAGCAUCUACCAGUUUGACACGCUUGAGCUUCGGUGGUCAUUGAUCUUACGGACGAGAUCAGAUUGCUUAAAUCUAGACGCAGUUAGAUCCAGCAGGGAUCUAACGCACAACAGAACUGGUUUUAAAAUGGAUAAAACCAGCCUGAACAAUGUUAAAGAUGUGCAAACUGUGCCAGGAGGUGAGAUCAUCUACACUGGUUUGGUCAAAAGUACAUUUUACCACAUUUUAUGAAACAGGCAGUAAAGAAGGGAGCCAGUCAGACUGUGGUUGGUCUAAUAUUUGGGUGCUAUGCUGUCUGCAAUUUAAUAGGUUCUAUGGUGAUGGGAAGAUAUAUUGUCCAGAUCGGAGCAAAAUUUAUGCUAAUCGCAGGACUUUUUGUAUCGUCGGUGUGCACCAUCAUGUUUGGAUUACUCGAUCGGGCCCCUGCGGGGGCCCCCUUCAUUAGCCUGUGCUUUAUAGUGAGGUCUGUCGACGCCGUGGGCUUCGCUGGUGCCAUGACCUCCACUUUUGCCAUGACGGCGAAAAUCUUCCCAAACAAUGUGGCGACUGUUUUGGGAAGCUUGGAGAUUUUCACCGGGCUCGGGCUCAUUCUGGGGCCUCCUGUGGGAGGCUGGUUCUACCACUCCUUUGGAUACGAAGUCCCUUUUUUGCUUCUCGGAUGUCUGCUUCUGAUCAUGGUUCCUUUCAACAUUUAUGUGUUGCCCUCCAUUGAGGCUGAACCAUCCAAAGACUCGUUCUUUAGACUGCUCUUCCAUGGAGAAGUCCUGCUGAUUUGCUUUGUGAUAGGAACGCUAAGUGCAGGGCUGGGGUUCAUUGAUGCCACCUUGUCGCUGUUUGCCAUGAAAACGUUUAAUCUCUCAUCUGGCUACGUGGGACUAAUAAUGAUCGGUUUGUCCUUGCCGUAUUGUCUGGCGUCCCCUGUGAUUGGUUAUUUCACAGAUAAAUAUCCUGGCACAAGGAUAGGAUUCACAGUGACGGGAGGAGUCAUCACUGCUGCUUGUUUCUUUCUGCUCGGUCCUGCGCCGUUCUUUCACAUCAAGAGUCAGUUGUGGUUGCUGGUCCUCAUGCUCGGCCUGAUUGGAUUUUCUCUGGGCAUGACUGCAAUCCCCACAUUCCCUGAGAUCAUCACAUGCGCACACGAACAAGGGUUUGAAGAGGGACUGAGCACUCUCGGAAUGGUGUCUGGUUUGUUUGGUGCGUUUUGGUCCACGGGGAUGUUUUACGGUCCCAUAGUGGGCGGCCUUAUCACACAGCGCCUGAACUUUGAAUGGGCGGCGACAGUCCAGGGUGCCAUCGGUCUAUUAGCUGCCUUACUUCUCCUGGCUUACUCUCUCUGUAAGAGAAAUCGACAAAGGCUGCGAGAAGAUAAUCAACAAUCGGAUGAAAACGCUCCUCUCCUGAACGGAUGAAUCCCUCUGCCAGUCAUUAAAGGGAAUAGCAGCGAUUCUUCUCGACACGAGGGAAAGCUUUUGUUGUGUUGUUCUUGCAACAGAAUUGUAAUGUUUUGUUUCGAUGUGGUGCUGCAGCGUAGCAGCGUGCAGACAACCCAGUACAUUCGGGAGCUUCCAAGUAAUUAAUUCUGAACAGAGAGCACAGAAACAUCUAACAACCAAAGCGUCCACCUCUUUGGUACCGAGACCUUUGGUGUUAGCGGUCUUGGCAUUCUGCAGCACAUGACUUGGAUUUCAUGCUGAGCUAAAGCCCUUCAGGAUCUAUUAACACAUUCAUGGGAUUAUUGAAGAAAAUUGUAUUUGAGAGAAUUGUAUUUGAAAUGUUUUGUACAGGUCAUUCCUGUUGUUAAUGGACGAAUGUAAUGUAAUGUGCAAUAAAACAGAUCUGACAAUG